ACUUAUAAAUUAAUUACGAGAAAGAUGGGCAAAAGAGCAGCUGGAUUUGUCCUUUUUCGGCGCCUAUGUGGAGAAAUCCAAUAUUUACUACUAAAAGCUUCAUAUGGUGAUUUUCACUGGAGCGCCCCAAAAGGGCAUGUGGAUCCUGGUGAAGAUGACUUUACUACAGCGCUGCGCGAAACAAAGGAGGAAGCCGGUUUCGAUGAAAAGGAUUUGAUUAUAUACCGCGACACGCCACUCACUCUAAACUAUGAGGUCAAAGGUAAACCAAAGGUUGUUAUCUAUUGGCUGGCAGAGUUACGGAAUCCAAACCAAGAAGUUAUUCUUUCCGAGGAACAUACAGAGCUUAAAUGGCUUCCAAAGGAUGCGGCGAAGGAAUGUGUUGGCUUUAAGGACAAUCAAGUGAUGAUUGAAAAGUUUCAUGAAAUGAUUCUGAACGUGGAUAAGAAUCGCACCAAUUGCGGAUGCCCGUAAAAAUACCAAAUAAAUAGUGCUGUAAACGUUGUCAGUUAAUGGCAGCAUGACGGCAUUCUGCAACACUAUUUUUAAGGCAUCUGUAGAUUGAUUUUGUUGUGAGAAACUAAUCAAAAAAAGGCAUUGAAUAAAUUUU